AUGACGAACGGCGCGUUCGCCGGGGCGGCGCGCGCGGACGCGUUCAACGCGGCGCCGACGGAACAAGUGCAACAACAGCGCGGUGAGGCGGUGUCCGCGUUCGCGGAUGCGUCCAAGGAAGCACCGGCGGUGAACGCCGAUGGGUUGCCGGAAGGGAACAACUGGCGUUACAGCGAAUUCAUCAAGGCGGUGAUGAGCGGCAAGGUUGAGCGCGUGCGCUUCUCCAAGGAUGGCUCCGCGUUGCAGUUGACCGCGGUCAACGGUGCGCGCGCGACCGUCAUCUUGCCCAACGAUCCGGAACUCGUCGACAUCCUGGCCAAGAAUGGUGUCGACAUCUCCGUCAGCGAAGGCGAGCAACAGGGCAACGCCGCCUCUUUGGUCGGCAACUUGUUGUUCCCGCUCGUGGCGUUCGGAGGUUUGUUCUUCUUGUUCCGCCGCGCGCAAGGUGGCGAUGGCGGCAUGGGUGGCAUGGGUGGUAUGGGCGGUGGACCCAUGGACUUCGGUAAGUCCAAGUCCAAGUUCCAAGAAGUUCCGGAAACCGGUGUGACGUUCGCGGACGUCGCCGGCGUCGAAGGCGCCAAGUUGGAAUUGCAAGAAGUCGUCGACUUUUUGAAGAACCCAGACAAGUACACCGCGCUCGGUGCCAAGAUCCCGAAGGGUUGCCUUUUGGUCGGUCCGCCGGGUACCGGUAAGACCCUGAUCGCCAAGGCGGUCGCCGGUGAAGCCGGUGUGCCGUUCUUCUCUUGCGCCGCGUCCGAGUUCGUCGAACUCUUCGUCGGCGUUGGCGCGUCUCGCGUUCGCGACUUGUUCGAAAAGGCCAAGGCCAAGGCUCCGUGCAUCAUCUUCAUCGAUGAAAUCGACGCCGUCGGUCGCCAACGUGGCUCCGGUAUGGGUGGUGGCAACGACGAGCGCGAACAGACCAUCAACCAGCUUCUCACCGAGAUGGAUGGUUUCGAAGGCAACACGGGCGUCAUCGUCCUUGCGGCGACGAACAGACCGGACGUGCUCGAUAGCGCGCUCCUUCGCCCGGGACGUUUCGAUCGUCAAGUUACCGUCGAUCGUCCGGACGUCGCUGGUCGCAUCCGCAUCCUCAAGGUGCACGCCCGUGGCAAGACUUUGGCCAAGGACGUCGACUUCGACAAGAUCGCUCGCCGUACGCCGGGUUUCACGGGUGCCGAUUUGGAAAACCUCAUGAACGAGUCCGCGAUUCUCGCCGCGCGCCGUGAACUCACGGAAAUCUCCAAGGAAGAAAUCGCCGAUGCUCUCGAGCGCAUCAUCGCCGGUGCCGCCAGAGAAGGUGCCGUCAUGUCUGAGAAGAAGAAGAAGCUCGUGGCGUACCACGAAGCUGGCCACGCGCUCGUCGGGGCCCUCAUGCCGGAUUACGACGCCGUGACGAAGAUUUCCAUCGUCCCGCGCGGUAACGCCGGUGGUUUGACUUUCUUCGCCCCGAGCGAAGAGCGUCUCGAAUCUGGCUUGUACUCUCGCACGUACCUUGAGAACCAAAUGGCUGUCGCCAUGGGUGGUCGCGUCGCCGAAGAACUCAUCUUCGGCGCUGAAGACGUCACCACGGGCGCGUCCGGUGAUUUCCAGCAAGUCACCCGCACCGCGCGUAUGAUGAUCGAGCAAAUGGGUUUCUCCAAGCGAAUUGGUCAAAUCGCCAUCAAGUCUGGCGGCGGUAACUCUUUCCUUGGCAACGACAUGGGUCGCGCCGCUGAUUACUCCGCCGCCACCGCCGCCAUCGUCGAUGAAGAAGUCAAGAUCUUGGUCACUGCGGCCUACCGCCGCGCCAAGGACUUGGUUCAAUUGAACAUGGACGUCUUGCACGCCGUCGCGGACGUGUUGAUGGAGAAGGAGAACAUCGACGGCGACGAAUUCGAGCGCAUCAUGCUCGGCGCCAAGUCGGAGCUCUACCUCAAGGCGGACGAGCCUUCGGUCGCAGUGCCGUACCAAAACUGA